GCUGAGGCCUAUGGUGUUCCCCAAUCAACCCUCCAAGAGCGCAUCAACGGUUGUCAACCCAACGCAAUAGCACAUCAACAACCACAGCAACUGACUCCGGAACAAGAGCAAUUUCUACAUGUGAAAUAUAUCAAAGGUCUUACAGAACAACAUCUACCUCCUACAAGGCAAAUGAUCCAGAAUUUUGCAACUGAAAUUGCUGGUGAUGAGGUCUCUGAGAGCUGGGUUACAUGCUUCCUUAACCGUCACACCGACUGA